UCAAUUUAUCUCCCUUUUUGUGUACAACCAUGGCCUGUGUCCUGCAAAUCUUCAGAACAAACGUCAAUCCGUCAAAAUUGAGGCUAACUGCAAACUGUCUUCCAUUAAUAAGUGCAUCCAACAAUUUCAGUACAUCCAGCAGAAGAUAUAAAGCCAAAUUCUUUGCUACAGCUGAUGAAGCCAUACAAGAUAUAACAGAUGGAUCAAAACUAUUGGUUGGAGGAUUUGGUUUGUGUGGAAUACCUGAAAACCUAAUUCAAGCCUUACUGAAAACAAAGGCGAAAGAUUUAACAAUUGUCAGUAACAAUGCUGGUGUGGACGAUUUUGGUCUUGGAUUAUUACUUCAACAGAAACAGGUCAAGCGGAUGAUAUCAUCAUAUGUAGGGGAAAAUGCAGAAUUUGAACGUCAGUAUUUGUCAGGUGAAUUAGAAGUGGAGCUAACACCGCAGGGUACAUUGGCAGAGAGAAUAAGAGCUGGCGGAGCAGGUAUCCCAGCAUUCUUCACACCUACUGGUUAUGGAACUUUAAUACAGAAAGGUGGCGCUCCAAUUAAAUAUAACAGUGAUAAAUCAAUAGCCAUUGCUAGUCAACCAAGGGAGGUUCGAGAUUUUAAUGGAUUUCAGUAUAUAAUGGAAGAGGCCAUCACAGGAGAUUUUGGUCUGAUCAAAGCAUGGAAAGCUGAUAAGGCAGGGAAUCUAACUUUCAGGAAAACAGCAAGAAAUUUUAAUCCUCCAAUGUGUAAGGCAGCUAAGAUAACAAUAGCAGAGGUAGAGGAGAUUGUCCCAUGUGGUGCUAUAGCUCCAGAAGAUGUCCAUGUACCACAUGCCUUUGUACAAAGAGUCAUCAAAGGGCCAAAAUAUGAGAAAAGAAUAGAGAGAUUGAAAAUUCGUAAAGAAAAAGGAAGCACCACACAUGCUACAGAUCCAGCAUCACUUAUGAGAGAAAGAAUAAUAAGGAGGGCAGCACUAGAAUUCCAUGAUGGUAUCUAUGCAAACCUUGGUAUUGGUAUGCCUAUGUUAGCCAGUAAUUAUAUAACACCUGGAAUGACAGUACAUUUACAGAGUGAAAAUGGAAUUCUGGGGCUGGGUCCAUUUCCAGCACAAGGAGAGGCAGAUCCAGACCUUAUUAAUGCUGGUAAAGAAACAGUAACAAAUAUUCCUGGUAGUUCUUUCUUUUCCAGUGAUGAAUCUUUUGCAAUGAUCAGAGGUGGUCACAUUGACUUAACAAUAUUAGGUGCCAUGCAAGUGUCAAAAUAUGGAGAUCUUGCCAAUUGGAUGAUACCGGGUAAAAUGGUAAAAGGAAUGGGAGGAGCUAUGGACCUUGUAUCAAGUCAUCAAACUAAAGUUAUAGUCACUAUGGAACAUGCUGCUAAGAAUGGUGAACAUAAGAUUCUUGAAGACUGUAGUUUACCAUUGACUGGUAAAAACUGUGUCAACACAAUCAUAACAGAGAAGGGUGUGUUUGAUGUAUCACCUGACCAAGGAUUGAUAUUAAUAGAAAUAGCUGAUGGUUUAUCUGUUGAGGAUAUAAAACAGUGUACAGGAUGUUCAUUUCAGGUUGCAUCAGAUUUAAAACCAAUGGGACAGAUUGAUGAUCCACAUGCAUAACAUAUGAUAUUGUUAUCAUUGUUUUGUUAGAGGUGCUACCUUAGAAGAAUUCUUCAUUAUUAAGAAGUGCUAUGUUGAAAUAAAAACAUAUACAAUACUAUUAUAAAGUGUGGAAUGAAAUGUUCAUAAUGGUUUAAAUCAUGGUAAAUGGUCCUGUCUGCAUUUUAUAUCAUAGGAGUUUAACUAAACUAAAAUUACAGUUUUCUGUGAACUGUAUGUACUGUAUAUUAUGCAGCUUUCAUUGGAAAAUAAGAAGUACACAAUUUGGGUGUUUCCUUUUUAAUGUGUUGUGGUUGACAUGACGAGCAUUUUAAAGCAGAUGGAUUUAACAUUAAAUGAUGCUGAGCAUUUUUUCAUGUUUAUGUUAUUUGUAUGGUGAGGGAUAAGAUACAUUUUUAGCUCACUGGGGCCCAAAGGGCCCCAUGUGAGCUUAUGCCAUCACUUGGCGUCCGUCGUCUGUCGUUGUCGUCGUCGUAAACUAUUUAAAAAAUCUUCUCCUCUGAAACUACUGGGCCAAAUACCUUCAAACUUUAACUAAAUGUUCCUUAGGGUAUCUAGUUUAUAAAUUGUAUCCGAAGUUUUGAUCCAUCGACAAACAUGGCCACCAUGGCUAAAAAUAGAACAUAGGGGUCAAAUGCAGUUUUUGGCUUAUAUCUCAAAAACUAAAGCUUUUAGAGCAAAUCUGACACGGGGUAAAAUUAUUCAAUUGGUCAAGAUCUAUCAGUUCUGAAAUUUUCAGACGAAUCGAACAAUCCAUUGUUGGGUUGCUGCCACCGAAUUGGUAGUUUUAACAAAAUUUUGCAGUUUUUUUUGUUAUUAUUUUGAAUAUUAUUAUAGAUAUAUAUAAACUGUAAGCAGCAAUAAUGUUCAGCAAAGUAAGAUCUACAAAAAAGUUCAAAUGACCAUAAUUGUCAAUUGACCCCUUAAGGAGUUAUUGCCCUUUAAAGACAAUUUUACACAAUUUGUUCAUCAAGUUUGCUAACAUUUAAAAAUCUUCUCUUCUGAAACUACUGGGCCAAUUACCUUCAAACUUUAACUAAAUGUUACUUAGGGUAUCUUGUUUAUAAAUUGUAUCCGAAGUUUGUAUCCAUUGACGAACAUGGCCGCCAUGGCUAAAAAUAGAACAUAAGGGUCAAAUGCAGUUUUUGGCUUAUAUCUCAAAAACUAAAUCUUUUAGAGCAAAUGUGACAUGGGGUAAAAUUGUUAAAUUGGUCAAGAUCUGUCGGCCCUGAAAUUAUCAGACGAAUCGAACAACUCAUUGUUGGGUUGCUGCCACCGAAUUGGUAGUUUUAACAAAAUUUUGUAGUUUUUUGUUAUUAUUUUGAAUAUUAUUAUAGAUAUAUAUAAACUGUAAGCAGCAAUAAUGUUCAGCAAAGUAAGAUCUACAAAAAAGUUAAUAUUACCAAAAUUGUCAAUUGACCCCUUAAGGAGUUAUUGCCCUUUAAAGACAAUUUUACACAAUUUGUUCAUCAAGUUUGCUAACAUCUAAAAAUCUUUUCCUCUGAAAUACAGGUGAGCGAUUCAGGCUCUUGAGAGCCACUUGUUAAGACAUCAAUUACUUUGUCAUAUUAGUGCUAUGUUUUUGCUUUAAUCUGCAUAUACAUGUUCAUGAAUAGAUCUUUUAUAUAAGGACUGUUCCAUAAAAAACAUGCAUCGAACCCAGGGAAGUCACUUUAAAAUCUCAACUAUGGGUGGGUGUCAAGUACAGUGAAAUUCUAAAUUUACCUAUACAGGUGUUUCCUUGUUUUUAAAAGUGCCUUCUCUUAGUACCAUGUAUGUUUAAUUGGAACAGCUCUAGAUUCUUUGAAGGAGGUUAGUGUGAGUAAAUUUUUAAUGAUUGUAAUUUUUAAGACUAUGAGUGUGGAAAAGUACCAUUUCGGCAGUGAAUAGAUUAGUCCAUAUUAGUCUUUAUAUUGUGAGGGAAUUUUAUUUUCUCCCUUGAACAAAAGGUAUAUUUAUUUUCUCUCUUGAACAAAAAAUAUUUUUAUAUUCUCCCUUGAACAAAAUAGAUUCUAUCACUGUUCAAAACAUUUUAUAAUAUGAAUUCCAAUCAUUCCAAACCAAAAGCAGUCAACAAUGUUGUUACAUCAUUGUAUUUACAAUGGGUUUGGGAUGGUAUUAAUCCAUACAGAAUUCAAGAAAAUGCUAUUUAUAAAUUAACAUUACCAAGAGUUUUUUUAUUUUGUUCUUCAUUUAAUAACAGACUUUAUUUUUGCCUUUUUUUGAAUUGAUAAAAAAAUAAUUUUGCUUGAUUAAAAUCCAACAUUUCCAUUUUGUAAGAUAUGAAUUGUUAAAAGUCUUUGAAUUCAAAUGAAAAUUUUAAUAGGACUUCUUUGAUAGAGUAUGCCCUUUUAUUUUUUUUGCAAAGAACUAAGGAUACAUGUAUUCAUAAACUAUGCGAUAUUUAGUGUAACACCUACCUCUUUUGGGCAUUGUAUGAUUUAAUAUAUACAUUUUAUAUGUCUAAUUUCAAACAUAAGUAACUGAAAGGAUUUGUUGUAUCUUUAUGUUUUAACAUGAUCCAUCAGUAAGCAUGGAAAAAAUAUCAUAUUUUAAGUUUUUUCCAUCGUGGUUUAUCAUUGAUGAUGUAUUGGAAGACUAAGAUUUGAUCUGAUCUGAUAUUGGAGAUAUUCAUUCAACAGUCAAAUUCCCACAGUCCAUUCCAGGAAAUUAUUUUCAAUCUAUAUACUACAUAAAAACCACCAAUAAUUCAUACCUUUGCCAAAUCAUGCAACAAUGAAUACUAAAUCUGUACUUUUGAACUAGUCAUUUUAUUUCAGAUAUGUUUAACUAGAAAAUAUAAACCUCAUUAUAAUCAGAAAUGCAUUUAUUCAUGUAAAAAAAAGAGGAUUUUCUCGCUGUGUUGAAGACCCAUUGGUGGCCUUGGGCUGUUUUCUGCUCUUUGGUUGGGUUGUCGUCUCUUUGACACAUUCCCCAUUUCCAUUCUCAAUUUUACUAUGAAAGUUCUGCUUAUAAAGAUUUUGUCUACACUAUAAAGCAUGUAGUACAUUUUGUAAAUAAUGAAUUUAAGUGGAGUUUAAAAAAUCAUGUUGACAAAUUUUUUAGCAUAAAAUAAUCAGCUGAAAAUGUAAAAAAACUGUGAUAUUGAUAUCUGAUGAUGACAGCUAAUAAAAGGUGUCUUUGUUUUA